AGUGACCGACCGUUACUAUACUUCUCUGUGUUUGUAUUAUACUAAGAACAACGUAAUGGCUAUCAAAUGAGCCAAUUAAAGUUUCUGUUAACAAUUAAAUGACGAUAUCGUUUUAGGUGAAUGCGUUAAUUAGCAAAUAAGAGCGUUUUCGCACAAGAACAAUGUUGUGGCUGGGAACAAUUUUGUUAUUUGUUUACACAGUAGACGGUCAAGGUGACUCUCGCUGUGUCUCACUUGGCGGAUCGGAUGGUAGCUGUGGCUCCCAGGAUGAGUGUUCUUCCUACCUGAGCCUCAUUGAACAGAAAAAUGAACCUUCUGUAAAGCCACUCUUCAAUACGACAUUAGGAGAUGAGUUGUUGAACUACGUCUCGAGAUGCUGCGAAUCGGCCUCUUCGAAAUCUGUCUUUCCUACCGAGGAAGAGUGCGGUUUCUCUGUGCCUUCGGGUCCCGCAAACGAUCUUCAGAGGCGUGGCGCAUGGCCGUGGUUAGCUGUCAUCGGACUACGUGACGAGGGCAUAUUUCGCAUAUUAUGUGGCGGAUCCCUUAUAACACGUCGCCAUGUUCUCACCGUAGCUCACUGCGUAAGAUUUUCCAAAAACACCUUAUUCGUUCGUCUUGGGGACUAUCACCUGACGAGCACUGGCGAGGCAGACCACUUAGAACUGGCCGCUCUGAAUCAUACGGAUCCUGGAUAUAAUACAGACACAAGAAGAGAUGAUAUUUCGAUUAUUACUCUGGAGAGAGACGUUGUAUUCAGUGACUAUAUUCGGCCAGUGUGUCUUCCAUUCAACUACCGAUCCAAUGAUUUUUUAGAUAAGCAUCUAGCCGUCGUUGGUUAUGGCACCACCAUCCUUGGUGGUGAUCUAUCGGAAUUACCCAAUGCUGUUGUGGUGAACGUGGUAAAUUUAGGCACCUGUCAAAGAAAUUACAGGCAGCUUCAGCAGUUAAACAGAAUCAUCCUAACUGACUCGCAGAUGUGUGCAGGUGGUCUCAAUGGAGACUCUUGUACAGGAGACAGCGGCGGGCCUCUGAACUACUAUGAUGUCAACACUCGCAGGUUUUAUAUUGCUGGCAUAGUGUCGUUCGGCUAUGGAUGCGGCAAUCCGGAUUUCCCUGGAGUCUACACGCGUGUGGGAGCUUACCUCCAGUGGAUUGAGAACACAUUAGAUAUCAGCAUUUAGAUAGCUAAAACCGACACUACUAUUCAAAAUAUUUGCACUCAAACAGGGAUGAGCUGACUGCAGCCAUCUAUGGUGAGGGCCUAGCAUUAAAUAUGAUUUAAAUACUUGGUACGCAAGACAAAGAUCCCUUACCAAGAUAUGGCUUAGAUUCCCCAAAACUACACAGGCUUGGCUUUGGGGAUUGGAGAACAAAAGUUGGUAUGGAACCAGGACCAGUUCUUCUCCCUAAUGCCGCUGCCUCCACAAUAUCCUCAAGGUACCCAGUUUCCAUGCAUGAUCGUUAAAUAGAACUGCAGUUUUAAUGAUGGAGAAGAUAUAAACCGACGUGAAAGACAUUUGUAUACCAGGAUGGACUGUCAGCUAAUAAAUAGUGAGAGGGUAAAAAGCAGUUAAUACUCGUAGUGAUAUUUUGUACAUGUAGAGACUUAUUUCAUCAUAUGCAUUAUUAAUGUAUAUCCAUGUUAUUAUUAUAUAACUAUAAUCAUAUAUUUAUUAAAUGUUAUUAUUACAUACGUUCAUAUCGUUUUCAAAUUUUAAUUGUGUACCAUUAGUAUGUUUACUGUAUAUCUAAUUAUGAUAUUUGUUUUUUGUAAUCAUAUUACCGUUAAUAUGUCAUUAUUUUAACAGAACAGUUGACACUAGCAAAGCAUAGUUUUUUCUAUAUGGCAAACCAGUUUGUCUUUCUGCAUUUGGAACUUCAUGGAUCCACUAAAGCUGUAGAAAUGAAACUAUUGUAGUUUUGAAUAAAGGGUUAUUUAUGAU